AUGUCAUCUGAAGAUAUAGAUAAACAUGUUUUAAGAAAGUAUGAAGUUUUACAAAAGAUAGGUAAAGGAGCCUAUGGUAUUGUUUGGAAAGCAAUAGAUAAAAAAACAAAACAAACAGUUGCACUUAAAAAGAUUUUUGACGCUUUCCAAAAUGCCACUGAUGCUCAAAGAACAUUCAGAGAGAUCAUGUUCCUCCAAGAAUUACAUGGCCAUGAAAAUAUAAUUAAACUUUUAAAUGUUAUAAAAGCUGAUAAUGAUAGAGAUAUUUAUCUAGUUUUUGAACACAUGGAAACUGAUUUGCAUGCAGUGAUCAGAGCAAAGAUUUUAGAAGAAAUUCAUAAACAAUAUACAAUUUAUCAAUUAUUAAAAGCAUUAAAAUAUAUGCACUCUGCUAAUGUAUUACAUAGAGAUAUAAAACCAAGUAAUUUAUUAUUAAAUUCAGAAUGUUUAGUUAAAGUUGCUGAUUUUGGAUUGGCACGUUCAAUUACAUCAUUGGAAUCAAUUGCAGAAGCAAAUCCAGUGUUAACUGAAUAUGUUGCAACACGUUGGUAUAGAGCUCCCGAAAUUUUAUUGGGAUCAACCAAAUAUACAAAGGGAGUUGAUAUGUGGUCGAUUGGAUGUAUUUUGGGUGAAUUGUUGGGUGAAAAAGCAAUGUUUCCAGGAAACUCAACCAUGAAUCAAUUGGAUUUGAUCAUUGAAGUCACUGGACGUCCAUCAGCAGAAGAUAUCGAGGCUAUUAAAUCACCAUUUGCUGGUACAAUGUUAGAGUCAUUACCACCAUCAAAUCCACGUUCACUCUCUGAUAUGUAUCCAUCCGCAUCUGUAGAUGCUUUAGAUCUCUUGAAGAAACUACUACAAUUUAAUCCAGAUAAAAGAAUAACUGCAGAGGAGGCAUUGGCUCAUCCUUUUGUCACUCAAUUCCAUAAUCCUGCUGAAGAACCACACUUUGAUCGUAUCAUUAAAAUCUCUAUUGAUGAUGGUCAAAAAUUCCCAAUCGCUGAAUAUAGAAAUAGAUUAUACAAUGAUAUCAUCAAAAAGAAAAAAGAAGAAAGAAAAAAACAAACAAACCCAACUAAACCAGAUACAACUGCUCCAACUUUAUCAACAUAA